AUGACGAUGCUGCUUGUCUUCCUUUUGAUGCUGCUGCUGUCUCCCAUUGGAAACAAGCCACUGCGUACGGGGGGCAUGUGCAUACAUGCAUAUGAUGCGGUAUGUAUCGCAUCUAAUCUCAUUACAUUAUGGCACUCCGUGUUGUCCCAUCCCACGAGUGCUUCACGACAAGCCGGAGCGGGCGGUGUUGUCUAUGAGACCAUCGACGUGCAGAUUGAUAUCAACUGCAAGACGAUUACGGGAUGGGAUGGACUGACGAAAGCGCAGAGAACCCUUUGCAUUCUCGUAUUGCGAAUUACUACUGAAAGAAGUAGGCUGCUUAUCGUUACUAGCCUGCCAUAUCGAGUAAUGGAGUGGCAAGGUAGCAAAAUACAUAGAAAAGUGAUGAUUAUGAUUAUGAUGAUGAUGAGACGUCAAAAUUAG